ACAUAAAAGUCACAGCACUGUCUCGCAGCCCAUCACCCAAUCCCUGCUUCCUCAUGCCAUAGGACAGUUAUUAAUGCUUAAUAUGCGUAAAAAGGAACAGGCAGGCUAUAUAAAUAGUGUGAGCGACAUCCCAGAGCUGCAGAAAGCUUUUGUAAGAUCUAACCUUUCCAAUUAUACACCAGCUCCCCAGUGCGCUAAAAAAGAAGAGAAAAGACAACCAAUAUCAUCUUACUUUUGCUCAUUCAUUUUAUCAUUUUAAUUGAUUUUGAAAAUAACUUUAAAAAGCUUAAAAAGAGAAGGGUGAUACAUUUGAAAGGAUUGUUUCUUCUUCUUCUUCUUCUUCUUCUUCUUCUUCUUCUUCUUCUUCUUCUUCUUCUUCUUCUUUAUUGCUUUUAACUGUUUGUUUGCCAUGGCUGAGCCAAGCAGGAUUUUUCCUCGCCCCCUGUUUCGACGGGACUGGAAUUGGGAUCGUUUUCUGGACUGGGCACAACCGACCCGCAUUUUUGACCAAGAUUUCGGGAUGCCCCCUUUCCUGGAGGAGAACGACUUAUGCUGGGUGGACUGGGUGAGGAAGCGUCUCUCUUCCUCCUGGCCAGGGUACCUCCAAUCCCCCAACUGGGCCCCCUCUCUGGGGAAGCAGCAGGCAGUCUGCAGGCAGGGCCUCCAGCGGCAGCUGAGUGGGGGAAUGUCCGAGGUGAGAACUGGACCCGACAGCUGGAAGAUCAGCCUGGAUGUGAACCAUUUCACCCCUGAGGAAAUCACUAUCAAAGCCAAGGAGGGCUAUGUGGAGAUAUCAGGAAAACACAAAGAAAGGCAGGAUGAACAUGGUUUCAUUUCAAGAUGCUUCACAAGGAAAUAUAACGUUCCUAUUGGGGUGGCUCCCCAGGCCAUUGCCUCCUCACUCUCCCCUGAAGGGCUUCUCACACUGGAUGUCCCUCUCCCCAAGCCUGCUGUUGAGAUCGUCAUCCCUGUACAGGUGGAGAACAUGGCAGAGGCUCUGAAAGAAGAAAAGGAGGAACCUGAGAAAGAGCAAAGUGCUCCAGCAGACAGCAAAGAGAAGGGCCCUCCACAACAAGAAGCACCAGUGAGUAAGCCAGUGCCCAGCAACCAGACAGAUCAGCCAGCCCCCAGAAACCAGUCAGACCAGCCAGCCCCCAGAGACCAGCAAGACCAGCCAGCCCCCAGAGACCAGCAAGACCAGCCAGCCCCCAGCGACCACAAAGACCAAACAGCCCCCAUCGACCAGCCAGAGCAGGGAGCCCCAAUCAACCAGCCACAGCAGCCAGCUCCCAGCAACCAGACAGAUCAGCCAGCCCCCAGUAACCAGCAAGACCAGCCAGCCCCCAGCGACCACAAAGACCAGACAGCCCCCAUCGAUCAGCCAGAGCAGCCAGCCCCCAGCAACCAGUCAGACCAGCCAGCCCCCAGAGACCAGCAAGACCAGCAAGACCAGCCAGCCCCCAGCGACCACAAAGACCAGCCAGCCCCCAUCGACCAGCCAGAGCAGGGAGCCCCAAUCAACCAGCCACAGCAGCCAGCCCCCAGCAACCAGUCAGACCAGCCAGCACCCAGUGACCAGCAAGACCAGCCAGCCCCCAUCGACCAGCCAGAGCAGCCAGCCCCUAUCAACCAGCCAGAGCAGCCAGCCCCCAGCAACCAGACAGAUCAACCAGCCCCCAACAACCAGCCAGAUCAGCCAGUCCCCAGCAACCAGUCAGACCAGCCAGCCCACAGCAAUCAGCCAGUCCAGCCAGCUCCCAACGACCACAAAGACCACUCAGCCCCCAUCGACCAGCAAGACCAGCCAGGCCCUAGUGACCAGCAAGACCAGCCAGCCCCCAGCAACCAGCCAGCCUCCAGUGACCAGCAGGCUCUCCAGGUAGCGGAGCAAGAGAUCCAAGAGAAACAGAACACAGAACAGCCUGAGGAGGUCAAGAGCCAGGCCAGACAGUCCUGAUUAGAUUUCACACAGCCCAGCUGAGAUCAGUUUACGAUGCCCUGGGGUGUCAGUGCAGCCGUCUUUACACCACGAUUGUUAACAUUUACAAAGCUUUGCUCUGAAUGUUGAAAAAUAUGCAACGUACUGCACUAGCGCCAAAGCUAUAGUACUGAUAAAUUGUCCCCAAGCGGCAUUUAGAGUUAAUUUCUUGCGUGCUUAGAUAGUCUGAAUCUCUACAAUAUUACCAUCAAUAUUAUAAACCUGUAGCUAUGUGACUACAUUCAUUAUUUACAAAUUGUUUUCAGAGUUUUUCUUUAUCGAUACUUCAUUGUGUUGUAUUUGAAGGCUUGUUCUGAUGCUUCACUGUGUUGUAUUUGAAGGCUUGCUCUGAUGCUUCACUGUGUUGUAUUUAAAGGCUUGUUCUGACGCUUCACUGUGUUGUAUUUGAAGGCUUGUUCUGAUGCUUCACUGUGUUGUAUUUGAAGGCUUUCUCUGAUGCUUCACUGUGUUACAUUUGAAAGCUUUUUGAAGGCAAACACAGUUUGGAUGCCAGUAGUUCUUAUGAAAGCAAUUUUUAAACAGUAUUUGAUUAUGCUUGUCUGCUGUAUGUAUCAAAACACGUCAUUUCAAUCAAUGCUAAUAACAUUUUAUAAAUCAUUCAAAUACAAAUGUCAACAUGUUUUUUAUCUCUCAAAAACAUUAUAGCUCUUAACUGCAUUUUGAGACUGUGUUCAGUUAAUAAAGUGCCACGUAUGGACAUCCAA